AUGAGUGUCGUGCCAUCCACUGGCCUUCUUCGAAAGCUUUACAGGGAUGCUGCUCAAGACAUCGAGUAUCAGUCCUCCACAUUCUGGCAGGUUUGGUUGCAGCGAGCCUUCCAUGAAGAUGAAUACAUGAUCUCGUGUGAGAUGCCUCCUGACGAGUCCCGCAGAAGGGUCGAUGCGGUGGUGAAGAGAUAUGAUGACAGACAUGACACUUUGUCGGCUGUGCUCUGGAUUGAGUUUAAGCGCCCCUCUGGUAGUGUCAGGCAAGUCGAGUUUCAAGCGCUGGAUGCGGCCAAACGGUGCAUCAGAACAAGUAAUCUGGAAUCUGUAUAUGUUAUGACAACAGUUGGUGUUUCCUUCCGCUGCUGGACUGUCUACGGAUCCGACCUUCUAUCGCUCGUGCCAUUCAACGGUGGUCCCGCUGAUGCAACUCGGUCUCAAUAUAUCGAUGCGGACUCUUAUGAGGCCGAAACGCUCACGAGAUUUGUGGAAACCGUCAAAGCCUAUCCUCCGCUUCGCCGUGCGCCUAUUGUUCCGAGUCAACCUCUCCCUCAAAGUGGGUAUCAGCAGACCGGAUACAGUCAAACUGGCUAUGGGGGGUACCCAGAUACGCAGCAAGGAUAUCAAGCUGCUACAGGACAAGGCGACUAUACAAGUGGAACACAUGGUGAGGCCGAUGCAUCAGGAGCGUCAUACUAUGCGCAGAAUCCAGCCUCAUCUGUUGGGGAACAUGGGCAGACGUCUUCUGUCAGUGACCAGUUCAUCAAAGUUCAUGUCAGUCGGGUUGCUCACUUCGGAAGGUCAACUGAAUACUUUUUCAGUGACAUCAAUGGCAGCCAGAAGAGAACAACCAAAGAUGACUGGAGGGAAGUCACAUACAAAGGAAAGUUGGCAUGGAUCAGUUCUCGGCGAGGCGUCACCUACUACACCCGUGACAGGAUCGGAUAA